CCCGCUUCACUUUUCAGAAUGCAAAAGGAACGUGCAUCAACUGAGUAAUGACGUCAUAAGUGAGAAUUAUAUCAGAAUUAUUCCUUAUUGGAUUAUAUCAAUGUAUGUACUGUGAAAAAUUUACGGGAAAAAGUAACUCGAUCAAAUUGAUUGUGUUCCUUGGAGAUGAUUAGACGUGUUGUGGUGGCCAUGUCUGGUGGGGUUGAUAGCGCAGUUACGGCUCUUUUGCUUAAAAAUAAAGGAUUUCGUAUUAUUGGAGUGUUUAUGAAAAACUGGGACAUUAGGGAUGAAACAGAAAAGUGCAUAGUCGAGAAAGAUUAUGAUGAUGCUCGAUGGAUCUGUGACAAAUUAGAAAUUCCUUCAAUACAGAUUGACUUUGUUAAAGAAUAUUGGAACGAAGUUUUUAGUGAUUUGUUAGAAAAGUAUCAGAAUGGAUAUACUCCGAAUCCAGAUAUUUUGUGCAACAAGAACAUCAAGUUUGAUAAAUUUUUUCAUCUAGCACGUAACAAGUUUCAAGCAGAUGCAAUUGCAACUGGUCAUUAUGCUAAAACAAGCUUUGGACCAUAUCUAGAGAAUUAUAAAGCAAACACUAAUGUACGCUUGUUACAGGCACAAGAUAGCAAUAAAGAUCAAACGUUCUUCUUGAGCCAGAUACCGCAACAAACCUUGAGACAUUGCAUGUUUCCUCUUGGAAAUUACUUGAAAAAUCAUGUGAAGCUUAUGGCUACACAAGCAGGAUUGUGUCAAAUAGUACGAAAAAAGGAAAGCAUGGGUCUUUGCUUCGUGGGAAAACGUGACUUUCAAGAUUUUAUUUCAGAGUAUAUAGCAGAUAAACCUGGUGACUAUAUAGAUCUGGACAGUGGACUGCUGAUAGGUAAACAUGAUGGUAUUCACAAAUGGACUAUAGGACAAAGAUGCAAAAUUGCUGGCUGUCUCAAGCCUUAUUACGUGUUUAGCAAAGAUCACGGGUCAAAUACUAUUACAGUGGUAGCUGGUACAACUCAUUCAGCAUUAUACACUAACUUUUUAAUAACAGAGAAAAUUUAUUGGAUCAGUGAGGAGCCGUGCGAAUUAAGACAGACCAAUAGUGUGUUGAAUUGUAACUUUCGCUUUCAACACAGAAAUCCACUGAUUGCUUGUAGAGUAUACAAGAUGUCCAGUGAUCGCUUAUUCAUUCGUCUUGCUGCACCUUUACGAGCAAUUACAAAAGGCCAGUACGCUGUUUUAUACUCGGGAGAGGAAUGUCUGGGCAGCUCAAUGAUAUCAUAUGCAGGGCCAUCUUAUUUUGCACUUGGGCAAUUGUAUAAAUUACACUCAUUGCCAUAA